AUGGUUGCAAGCACUCCCGAGUAUCACAUACUCGGAAAACCAACUGCGGUCAAUCGAUUGCGGCUCGGGACGAUUAUAUCUAGCAUCAGAGACCUGACAAGGCUCAAUGCCGGCAAAGAGCCCACGAUUGACCCGGAACGGCUCGAUAGCUGGCAUGAGAGCGAUUUCAAAGCCACGCGGAAUGAUGCGCUGAAAGUCAAGGCAGUGUUUGAGUUCAAACUUGCCGCUCUUAAAGGCCUUGGCUACAAGACCCUGGUCAGCAGCGCACGCGGCAACGUGGACCAGUACAGCUUCAGCGCCGUUGAUACAAUCGAGUUUGAACCUGUUCCGAAGGACUACAGCAAUGCCGGCCAAGCGGAGGCGGUCCAGACCUUUCUGAAAAAGUCCAACUACCGCCCCAUAUUCUACAUCACCGGCAUCAAAAUCGGCAGGGCGGCCACUGACGAAAGCUGCGGGCCAACAUUCGAGGCUACGAGGGCGAAGAACUUGGGCGGCGUCUUAGUCAAUGCCCCAUCUGUUCCCUCGAUCGGGCUGCAAGAGUCCAAGGCGCACGACGAUCGCAUCUUCGCAAUCAGGGUCAGGAAGCUGCAGUAUAAGAAGCCGGGAUUCUUUCGGCCCAGAGAGUGGAUGGACGAGCCAGAAAAGCAUGGUGCUGAAAGUGUGGGCUGGUAUAGAGAACAGCAGAAGGAGGAGCAGAAGGAGCCCGCUUUUGUCGGGGUCGAAGAGGUUAAUCUGGGGGAAAACGAGCUCAAGGGCUAUAAUAUGAUCACAGCGACAAACAUGCGAGGCCAGCAAGUUACCUCUGUCGUUUCCGAGGGAAGCAAAUUUUCUAUGUAG